GCAGCUGUUGUGAAAACUUCAUUUGAAGUUGGAAUGGGCAAAAACCCACACUCUUGGGCACAUUGUAGUAACAUUGGUCACUUGCGAUACCUAUAGCAUAUGGAAGUGUUAGAUCAGUUUCUGGUAAGUUACUGUGUGGUACAUCACAUCUUGCUUUUCUAAAAAGAAAUUUAGAAAGUGUUUUUGGAACUGUUAUAUGGAACUUCUAUCAUUGGGGUUUUUUUUGUUUGGUUGAGGUUUUUUUUUACAGCUUCAUUUUAUUCAUGUACUCAUCAGGUUAAACAGUUAUCUUAAAAUGCCAGUAAUUGUUUGAACGCUGGUCUGUAAAUAAAACAUGAACUUAAUAUUUUAGAAAAUGUAAACUUCGGACCUUUACCAAUAUAUUUUUUUAAACUGUUGCUUCAUUUUACAUUCAGUAAUAUUAGUUUGUAAACAAACUAUACAUUUUGUACCUGUGCAACAUCAGAGGAUGUGUAUUCAUUGCAUUUUAUUGGUUCUCUUGAGGAACAUGAUAAAUGACCAUUGUUAAAAUGUUUUACUGUAUAUGAUCAUAGAUAUAAAGAUAGUAGGUCCAAAAUAGGAUCUACGUUUUUUUUUCUAAAUAUAUUAGUUGUGCUAUGUUUUCUUAUCUAAAAUUGUGUUCACUUUUUUUCUAGAUUAAAUUGGGGUUGAUAAAGAGCAUACAAAUAAUAAGAGUUCAAAAGUGUAAAAUGUGAAGAAAGUAAAUUUUCUCUAGGUCUGCUAUGAAAAGUGCAAGAAACAAUGAGCUUAAAUUACAGCAGUAAACAUUUGCAUUAAAAAAAAAAAUCUUUUAAAGGGUUUAAUAAUGAAUUACUAGAACAAAAUACCUGGGGAAACAUUGCAAUCUCCACUAGUGGUGACAUUCAAAAAUGGGUUAGACAAACAUAUGUUAGGAAUGGUUUAAAUAUGGUUAAUUCAGCUUUGAAGCUGAGGGAUAAGCUGAAUAACCUCUCAAGAACAGCUUCAUUGGUUUGUUGUUGGGGAGGGUGUUGUUUUUUGUCGGUUGGUUGGUUGGUUCUUUGGAAAGUAAUAAAAUAAAAUGGAUCUCAUGGGACAGCAGGCACUUAAGUAGAAAGAGAGAGCUCAAGUCUUACAGUUAAAAGAAUAUUGCCCCCUGACUUUCAAGCAGUCAGGCUGUGAAUUUGAAAUUGUUAUAGAAAAACAGGCUUGCAUUAAAAGACUCACUACCAAAAGUGUGAUAACAUUCUGUGUUACAUCAGAGUAAAUUCUGCUAUUGCUAAAGCUUACGGCUGGAAAAGUUAACAGCUAUAAGGACUGUGUGAUGUUUGUAGCUUUUAAAAGCUGAGACAGAUUGAUAUUAUACAUAAUCUAAUACAGAAGUGUGCAGAGGCAUGAACAAAUGUUAUUGUUGCAUGUUCCUUGGGUAGGUAUAAACACCUUAUAUGAGACUUGGUCUUAAAAGUCUAUGACAGGAUCAAAUUAAAUGAAGUCAAUUGAAUUGCCUCCAUGUCAAAGGUUUUAAAAGGGGCCUCGGCCUCCUGCUAGGUUUUAGGUGCUUAAGUGUCAGAAGACUGCUUGGCUGACAAUACUGGUUAAGAAGGCAAAGGCUCAGUUAUAUUUCUGAAGUUGAUUGAGAAUUUUACUGGCAAUUCCUACUACCACCGUCUGUUUGAAGGAUGUGAAAUUACCUUAUUUUUUCUUUUUUUGAAAACCAAUGGAUAAUUGUUUUUCUCCCUGGUUGUUUUUACUCAAGGCAGAGAGAAGGCCUAGAAUACUUAAGUUUAAAGUUUUGGAAGAGGUUUCAGAAAGAAGGUGUGGAUAUAAGAAGCUGUAUAUAGAUUAUUGUUAAUGUGUUCUAAAUUAAGCUGUUCGUUGUGUGUGUUCUGAAGGGAGGUUUGUUUAUAUAUUGUGGGGAUCUGUCUGUGAAGUUCAGAUAAAUCUGUCUUCAUCUUAAGACACUACUGCUUCUGUCUCUCUCAUCUGUGCCAGAAAACAUCAUGUAUAAAAGCAGCUAUGUGUCAGCUCCAAGCCACUGAUGUUUUCCAGCCGGAUAAACAGUAAGCUGUAAACCAUGUUGAUUGAGUAAUGGGCAAAUUUUUAUUUUUGCUUUUACAAGGAUGGCAUGGCAGCUUCUUUCAGAGUUUGAGACAGUGGAUGAGAUUCUCUCUGACUAAAGGGAAUUUUGCUGUUGACUGUAUUGGGGCCAGACUAGUCUAACAUUCUUUAAAAGUUUUCAAACAGCAGGCAAGUUAGCUAAUUGGCGUGCAUGCAGGAAUGAAAGAAUGCUGUAGAAAAUAGACGGCUAAAAUAACGUUGAAUAUGGAUUACUUUUUUCUCCAAAUUAAGUAGCAAAAAUAUUAUGUAUAGAAUUAGUCCUGAACGUACACUUGUCAGUCUGUGGUUUAUGAGAUCAGAGUCAGUUAUGUCUUUAAUAUACAUAGGAGAGCAAACACUUGGUUACUCUCUUUUGCUGACACUGAACCUCCAUCCAUUUUAUGAUGUUGCGUGACCGUGUGGCUUCAAUGGAACCCUCUGUGUAUGGGAAUUAAGUAUAUGAAUAGGUGUUGUGUAAGCAGGGCUUACAUGUAUACAAUGCAGCAACAUGUUAGUUGAUGUGAAAUGAGCUUCUUUUGGUGAUUGCUUUGUGUAAGGUCAGCACCAGAUGAAACACUAAACCACAGUCGUCUCCGCUGCAAAAAGAUCUAAAUAUAAGGAAGUAUAACAAUUUAAUUAAAAGGCUUUGCACUUUAAAAGACUAACUUAGAGUGAAAAGAAAUAUUUGAAAUAAGAACUUUGCUAUUCUGUGAUUUUAACUGGGUGUUCUUAAAAUAGCUUGGGUUUUUGUUUGGGUUUUGUUUUGGGGUUUUUUUAAGAGAAAGAGGAACAAAAUUAACACAUUUUGUCCUCUGGUAUCUGCUUAAUUUCUGAUCCUAAUUGUGUUAGCCAUGGGUAUGCUACUGAUUAUUUGGCACAACUCAGUUUGGAAACUAAAUGUUCAGGAAGAAUACCUUUCAGCCCUUCUCCACUCCCCACCCCUUCUUUUACACAGUGUUCACUUAUCAAUAGUUAAAAAAAUAAUAGAAAAUGAAGCAACUCACAGUUGAGUGAGUAAUUCUGGUUUUGUUUUUCUGCUUAAUUCUUUUAGAAAGAUUUAGGCCUGGAGAUUGGAGUAUUAGAGGUCAGUUUGUGAAAGGAAAUGCCUCAUACUCACUUCUGUAGCAAAUGUGUGGGUCAGUUUCUGUUUGUUUCUGUUUGUUCAUAUAAGCUACAAAAUACUAAAUACUUUGCAAAGUCUUACCAUUUAGGUACCCAAACAAGUUCUUUUGAAGAUCAGGCCCCAGUUUUCUAAUGUAGAGAUAACUUUUGUUAUUCCAUUAAGUAAGAAUACUUAAAAUUAAUAGAGUCUGUGUGUGAUACAGAAUAAAAUAUCUGAUUAUAUCAGAAAGUCUACCCUAAGGUUAGAGUAUAUUUUUAGGGACAGAUUAUCUUUUAUUAAGUAUUUUAUAAAUUCAGACACCUCUAGGCUUACAGAAAGGACAAAGCAUUUAUGCAGGAGAGUACAUCUGCUUACAACAGGUGACUUUUCUGAAUGUAAACAUUUGCAGAUUGAUACAGAACAGAAUAAUUCUACCUGGAAGGUAAAGACAGAUCUGAAGAAUUUUCAUCUUUUUCAAACAGUUAGUCUUUAGAUCACAGCAGUAUGCCCAUUCAGCCAGAAACUUGCACGUUUCAUUAAAAAUUCCAUUACUGCAGUUGGUCUGUCAUUUGUCUUCAUAUAGAUCUAAAACAAUUAUAAUAACAUUCUUACUCAUUUCAGAACAGAUGGAGAAUUUCCAUGAAUAGAUUUGUUAAAUAUGUGUCAUAAGAGUUGAGACACCUAUUCUCAGGAAUGACUUUUAAAUGUAAUACAAGAAACCUGAAAUAGCCAGAAAUAGUAAUUUUUGAACUAAGAACUAAGACAAAUAGAUAUAAUGCAUUGGAUAUAGAUCAUCUUUAUGAAAUCAUUAAAUCAUGAGAGCUAUUUUCUGCUUUUUCUACCAAAACAUGAGAAUUUUUCUUCUGUUUAGAAAAAUGUCUUUUCUGAUGCAAACCCUUCUGUUGAAAACAAUGACCAAAACCACACAAGUCCUACUGUGCCUACACUUGUAGUUUUCUGACUUCUUCCCAAUGGCCUAUUUAUACAUUUAAGUAAUCUGCAUAUGCUAAGAACUUAGAGUAUUUUUGUCUUUUAAAAUAUUCUAAAGACCAAGCUUCCCUGCAUCUAAGUUUUCAUUCUUCAGUAAUAAAGACACUUUUUUUUUUCAGGGUCCCAGGGUAUUACAAACAGUGUUUACAGGAACAAAGCAUUGUAGUGGCACUGCAGAUUGCUCAAACAGGAGGAUGGGGUAUACUAGAGCUCCACUCUGAGAUCAACACCUUACUUCUUUCUACUAUAGAAUUUGGAAAUGUGUCUCUGCUAGAUCCAGAGUCAUUAGCCAAGGACUUGACUGGACUGAAUUCCUUGCCGUGUAAAAGAAUUCCCGUGUAAUGGAAAACCUCUGAAUUUUGGACUGCGAUUCGUUCAUCUGUCUCGGUGAAGGGACUGGCAACUUGCAGAGGUGUGGCAGGUGGGAGCAACGAUUGCUUUGAUUCUACUGCACAGUUGUAUGUGCAGUGAUGUUUUAGGUGAGUCAGUCAAUCUUUUAUUUAAACCUCCUGAAUUUAUCUAGGUCCUUAUUUCUUGUUGAUUGGCUUUUGCUUUGGGUUCAGCUUCUCUAAUUUUGACUUCCAUCUAAAAGAGAAAGAUGCCAAUUUACUUAUGGGACUGUUGGAAGAUAACCAUUCAUGGGUGUGAGGCAUUCAGAUGAGAGGGUGGCAAUAAAACCAGCUAGAUGGAAGUGGGGCUUUUGGGAUCUAUUUACAACUGUGGAAGUCCUGUGGCGGACUCAUCUUGGUGCUAUUGAAAAAACCUUGCAAUAAACAAAACAAAGAAACAAACAAAAACCCCAAACCCACCCUAAAACUGUACAGCUAUUUCUCCUAGACUCUGUCUAAAAUUUAUUCAUAUUUGUAAAUCUCAACCCUGGACUACUGUGCAGUUUAUCAGGUUAAUUAAGAAAGAUUAAUAGACUGAUGAAUUGAAACUGUGGUGGCCACAUUUAUCUUCAAUGGUAUUCACUUUUUCCUGUCUUGAGAAAUGUUGCAUGUUCUUGCUUCUGGCUUUCAAGGUGUCAUGUCUUUAGCUGCUGGAAAUCUGUGCAUCAUUAUUCUUCUGGAGCACUCACAGAAAGGUGAGAAGCCAGGGGUGGAGCAAGAUGAAGUUAAGCUGCAGAAUGCCAGCAAGCAGAUUGUGCAGACUGCUAUCCUCCGAGCAGUGCAGCAAGUUUCCCAGGAGAGCCAGCAAAAGGAGAAGCGAACAAACAGUACAAGCCUCCAGCUAGAAAGAGGAAAACUAACCAAGAAGCAUGAAAAGAAGUAAGGGAGCAGAUUGGUUUUUUUCAGUCCUCCAGUCUGCAGAGUUUCCAGCCUUCUUUUUAGUAUCAGCUGUAUUGCCAGUGCAAUGCUACUGUUGUAAAGCAAACCAAAGUAUUAUCACACCUAGACAUAGGGUAAAACUGCAAUAGUCCUCAGCUGAGAAAUAUUAAGUGCAUUAGAUGAAUAACUCCAUAUUUAUGCAGUGCCUCUUAACAGAAACAAUAACCAUAGUUAUAAAAGUAGUUUCAAGCACAAACUCUUAUGAUAUGAACUUAUUCUCAAAAGCUUGCUGUCAGAGCACUUUCAUGUUAAGUUCUGCGUGCAACAUUUAUGUCAGUUCAGCUGGACGGACUCUGAGCGAAUGGGUUCACUGAAGUUGUCUUUACCGAAGAAAUAGUUUACUGUCAAGUAUAGCAGAAUGAUUUCAGACUCCCUUGAAGCACGGGUUUGUACUUUGAUUAGACAUGAGCUAUGUGAAAUGGAGUAUAAAGUGGAUUUGGCAAGUUCUGUGAACCAAUUUCUUUUUUCAUCUU